AUGCAGAACUCUAUGAGUAUAGACGAAAUCACCGAAAUGCUUGCAGAGAGCACAGUCUCUAAAAUUCGAAAAGAUUACCGUCAAAUUUCUCACAAAGCCUCUCCAUUAAUGAAACUAAGCCAAUGCGAAACACAAGAAGAAAGACGUAAAAGAGCUUUGGAAGAACAGCAAAAGCGGCGGCGAGAUUUCACCGAUCAUGCUCGCAAUUUAGCACUUUAUAGACCUUCGGAAACUUCUUCGGACGAAGAUCUUGAAGAUGUUUCUACGCCAGUAGAAACAUCCGAAUCACAAGAAAUGAUGGAUCAUGAAAUGAUUCAAUUUUAUAAUUACAGAAAUCAAAUAAUGUACGCCGAGUGCAUGGAAGACAUACCAAAUGACUUGGAAGUUAACUGGUAUGUGGUGAUGUGUCCUGCUGGUAAACGACGUCUGGUGAUUACCUCGAAAGGAAAAACUGUAAGCAGAUCAAGAAGUGGACAUGUAAUAAGUGUAUUCGAGUCGGUAUUACCAGCCGGAUCCAGUGUCUAUAAGGGAAACAAGACAAAUGAUUAUUGUAUUUUGGAUUGUAUCUUUGAUGAAACUUCCUCGACAUAUUAUAUCUUGGAUUUGAUAUUUUACUGGUUACACUCAAAAUUCGCUGAAAUCGAUGAUUCAGCAUCUACAAAUACAUCAAUAACACCGACCGUUACAUUCAAACCAUUGACUAUCCAUUAUUGUAGCCGUGAACAACUUUCGACUAUAAUGUCAGAUCUUGGUCAAUUUGGAUAUCAACCAGAUGGUUUAUUGUUUUUCAAUAAAAAAACACAAUAUGUAAUCGGAGAUACACCAUUGUGCGGAUGGGUUGCUUUAGGAAAAAUCUUUGAAGUUUUUGGUGAUCUUGGAGUUCCUUUGUUGAAUAAUGAAUUAUGA